AUGCCAGCACCACUCGUCAAGGCCACCUCCCGUGGCGGAGCCUCGAUCCAGAGCCAUCCAGCCGGAACGAUCGAACACAUCUCCAGUCCCGCAGCCGCCUCCACGUCCCAGCUUCACCCAGUACCCUCCUGGCCCAAGAUGGGAUCGUCUUCGCAGGAUGAGCAGGCAUCUACCAAAGCCGGUCUCAAGGCUUGGUGGGCAUCCUUCACCAAAGGUCGUCAGAGCAAGGAGAAGAAGCCCAUCGAAAAUCGUGUCUUUGGCGUGCCCCUUCGCCAAUCGCUCAAAUACGCCAGCGUCGCCAUCUCGAUUGCUGGCGAAGAUGGUCAGCAGUACGUGUGGGGCUAUGUUCCCGUCGUCGUCGCCAAAGUGGGUCUCUAUCUCAAGGAGAAUGCUACCGAAGUGGAGGGUGUGUUCCGCAUUGCUGGCUCGCAAAAGAGAAUGAAGGAGCUGCAAGACACCUUUGACUCUCCGCCGCGGUACGGCAAAUCGGUUGACUGGUCCAAGUACAGCGUCCAUGAUGCUGCCAGCGUGUUGCGAAGAUACUUCAACCACAUGCCAGAGCCCAUUGUGCCUCACGACCUCUACACCGAGUUCAGAAACAUCCGGGCGAAGGAGCCUUUCGACGAGCAAGGCGCCAUCAAGACGUAUCGCCUUCUCAUCUCCAGCAUGCCACCCGCCAGCCAGUACUUGCUCCUCUACGUGCUCGACCUUCUUGCCGUGUUUGCUCGCAACUCGGAAAAGAACCUCAUGCCAUCGAGUAACCUCGCCGUGAUUUUCCAGCCCGGGAUGUUCUCGCAUCCGUCCCACGAGCUCUCGCCGGGCGAACACAAGCUUGCGGUCCAGGUGCUCGAGUUCCUGAUCGACCACCAGGACCAAUUUGUGCUCGGCAUGUCACCUCAACCUGCUCAGCAAUUGCCCGCGACCGAGCUCACCGCUGUCUCCAAGCCUGUGCCGGACGAGGACGAUCUCGUGCCGUCGGACAGCGACGAGGAUCAGGGCGAGCUGCAGGCUCACGAAGGAGGAGGUGCUCGCUUGGCGCGCAGCAAGACGACCAAACCGAAGACCAAGAGGUACGGCUUUGGUCGAUCUCGCCCCGUCGACGAGGGUGAGGAUGACAGCGACGGAGACAAGCUCGCAGCGCAAGCUCCCGCUGCAUCUGCCAAAGUGCGUACAUCGACCGACGCAUCGGCGGGAGCGAAGGGUACUGGCUUGCGCCGAAGUAAUACCGCACCGUCGCGGAAGCCGAUCGAGGGUGCAUCGCCUGCUGCUCGGAAGGGCCGACGUCCGCGCGCCUCUGCAGGUGACAAGCGAGCAGCGGAGGAGGAGCAACGCAGAAUCGUCGCUAGCCUCAUUCCACCGCCGCCGGAACCCAAAUCGCACGCUAUGCAGAAGGCAGCGUCAAGUGCCGGCCACACGCAACCCAAACCGGCAAGACCUUCGACCGAUGCCGGGUCAGCUGGAGCGACAUCGACGCCGAUGCGCAAGGUGAAGUCAGCAGACGGACCCGCUGCUCAAGCGUCCAUUGCAAGCGUCACCUCCCAAGCUUCUGCCGGUGCCCCAUCGACAGGGCUUCCCACGCCGCCAUCGUCCAAGAUCCUGGAAUCAGGAGCACCAACAGCACCUGCAUCUGCAUCGGAGAAAGCCGAGGCUCAAUAA